UGUUUUUCAUUUGCAAGCUAGCCAUGGCUUCCAACAAGCUCCUUGCAACCAUUUUAGUGUUUUCUCUCCUUACAAACUCUACAUUCACUGAUGCUGCUUGUUGCUCAUGCAAGGCAAAGUGUCCUAAGGACACAUUAAAGCUAGGGGUUUGUGCUGACAUUCUAGGACUUGUUAACGUUGUUGUUGGAUCUCCUGCUACAAGCAAGUGUUGUGCAUUGCUUGAGGGUUUAGCAGAUUUGGAAGCAGCACUUUGCCUAUGCACUGCUCUUAAGGCCAAUGUGCUUGGGAUUAACUUGAAUUUACCUGUCACCCUCAGCUUGCUACUUAGUGCUUGUCAAAAAUCGGUUCCUCCUGGUUACCAGUGUGCGUAG